UAUCAAAACAGUUUUAUAUUUGAAAUGGAAAAAAACUUAAAAGAUGUGGAGAUGAUCCCUGAAAUUGCAAAAUAUUUAUUUGAAAAUGGUGCAACAUUAAUUAUCGACAAUGUUCCUCCAGGAACAGAUUUCGGGAUAGAUUUAAAAUCGUGGAAAACAGGAGACAAAUUUAAAGGUAUUAAAAUGAUCCCUCCUGGAAUACACUUUAUACAUUAUAGUGCUACUGAUGCAUAUGGAGAUGCUGCUCCAAGAGUCGGCUUUUUCCAUAACUUUCAUGAAAAAGAAAUCGUUGUAAAACGUUGGAGUAUAACAGAUGAAGAAGUUCAUAUGGAAGAUUUAGAUAAUGAAAUAAUACAUCGAUUUAAAGAUAAUCUACGUGAACUAGACAGAUUUUUGGGACCUUAUCCAUAUGACAUCAGUCAAUAUUGGAGAGAGUUAACAAGUAAAAUUAAUCGAACUAUUGUUGAUCGAUGUCAACCUACCUGUAGAAUUAUUAGAUCAGCUCUGGAAUUGGAAAAUUUUGAUGAUGCUACUCGAUCACGAUCAACUGAUCCUAAAGCAGUUCAAAAACCUACUAAUAGAUUCACUGUAGGAACAAAAGCAGAAUCAUUACUGCCUAAUUUAAAACCAAAACCUGGAACAGAACUUAGAUUUACUCCAUUACCUGAAAGAAACUAUCCUGAGAACGCUACUCCUGCUGAAAUAACUCAACAUUGUUUAGAUUCUUCAUAUACUUUGAAUCUUAUUCUUCAAAAAAUGAAUGACCCAAUGGAAAUAAUUGGAGAACUCCAAUUUGCAUUCAUUUGUUUUUCAAUAGGUCAAAGUUUAGAAGCUUUUGAUCACUGGAAAAAAUUAAUCAGUUUAAUUUGUCAUACGGAAAAACUUAUUUCAGAACGUCUAAAGCUGUUUAUUGAGUUUCUGAAAACUAUUGAAAUACAAUUAUCACAUGUAUCACAUGAUAUUCUUUGUGAUAUAGUUGACAGUAAUAAUUUAAUUUAUCAGAAUUUACGAAAAUUAUUUUCAACAAUUGAACUCAAUACAAACAUUGAUGGAAGAUUGAAAUCUGAAUCUUUACGCAUGCGUGAACGUUUACAAACAAAAUUCUCUUGGAGCUUUUCUGAUUUAUUGGACGAAGAUGCUGAUGAAAAACCAGUAGUUGUAACAAUGGAUUGAGGAUGUUUAUGUCAAUUGUUUCAUGUUAUUAUGUGUUUUGUUUAUUGUUGUGUAUUGAGGAAUAUUUUUUCCUGUUUACUAUAGUACUACAAUUUUACUAUAGUAAAGUCUAUUUAUGAUACUAUACUAAAAUUAUUUUCUGUAAAAAAGUAAAUACGGCAUGUAAAUAAAGUUGGUUUUGUAUUUUUAAA